AUCUAUUAUUUUUUUGCGCCUGCGCUCUUGAUGGUCUACGCGACAUACCUAAAAUCAUUUUGUGGAAAAUUUGAAGUUUGUUGUUAUUUGUGACAACAUAUAAUUAAUAAUUAUUUAUGAAAGCGUUGUGCUAAUUACCAUUCCAGGCGCGAGGCUGAAUUUUUUGGUGGCAGUCAGCCUGGAUGCGUUCAGUCACUAUUAUUCAGUUCGAGCGGUGUACGGUAGCCAUCUUGGAAUCGAACAAAGCUUCAGAUUUGUAGUUUCUCUGUUUAUCAAUAAUUUUUGUGCAUUUUAUUGUAAAUAGUUUGUAUGUUUAGGAUAUGUACGGAACGUGCGUCCUUAUGUGUAAAUAGCUAUGGCUGCGACACGGAAAUUACAAGGUGAAAUAGACAGGUGUUUAAAAAAAGUAACGGAGGGGGUGGAGACUUUUGAGGACAUUUGGCAAAAGGUUCACAAUGCAACAAAUAGUAAUCAGAAGGAGAAGUAUGAGGCGGACCUCAAGAAGGAGAUUAAAAAGCUGCAGAGGUUACGGGAUCAGAUCAAGUCGUGGAUCGCCUCGGCAGAAAUUAAGGAUAAGAGCACACUUUUAGAAUAUAGGAAACUAAUAGAAACGCAAAUGGAGAGGUUUAAAGUGGUGGAACGGGAGACCAAAACGAAGGCUUACUCCAAAGAGGGGCUCGGGGCCGCGCAGAAGCUCGACCCCGCGCAGAAGGAGCGGGAGGAAAUGUCCUCGUGGCUAGUCUCGUCCAUCGACGCACUUAAUUUACAGGUUGAUCAAUUUGAGUCUGAAGUAGAGUCACUGUUAGUUGGUAAGAAGAAACGGCUUGACAAGGAAAAGCAGGACCGCAUGGAGGAGCUUAAAGUGAAGCUUGAGAAGCACAGGUUUCAUAUAAAAAAGCUCGAAACGCUGCUACGGAUGCUAGAUAAUAUGUCCGUUGAAGUUGAACAGAUAAAGAGAAUAAAAGACGACGUAGAAUAUUACAUAGACUCUAGCCUGGAGCCGGGCUUCGAGGAGAACGAGUACAUAUACGACGACAUCCGCGGCCUGGACGAGAUCGACCUGAGCGGCGUGGGGCUGCCGUCGUCCGCCACCACCGACAGCAACAGCAACGCCUCGCCCGCCUCGCCGCGCUCGCCCGCCUCGCCCGCCUCGCCCGCCUCGCCCCACAGCAUGCUCUCAGGUACAAGUCCAAUUACGUCACCAACGUUAGAAGUCCACAAUCAUUCGACGGAUUCAACGGAGAUAGAAAAAAAGAAAAAAGAGGAAAUCACAAUAGCGAAGCCGGUUAAACCGCUGCCCCUCCGCGCGGUGACUUCCAGCCUCGUGGGCAAUAGCACCAAUAACGUUAGUUCCUUGCUCAAUAGCGCGGCGGUCACCACAAAUAGUAUAAGCGUCCCAGUCCUGCCCGCGACUCCGCUGUCGGCGCUGUCGGGCUCCUCCACGCCCAGCAAGCAGCCGGCGGCCAGUCCGCCGCAUCACAACCUUCACCACCCGUUACAUAUGAGAACAACAGAAGUAGUGGAGAAUGGUCCCGUGUCGAUUGCGCCCGCGCAUACGAAUACACACAUACCACCCUCCACGCAAGUGCCACCUACGUCAAAAAGUUCGUCAGUUCCUCUCGUGCUGUGUAACCCUCACUCGGCGAGCGAGAGCAGCGGCGAGCCGGCGGUGAACGGGCCCUCCAACCCGCUCCUCUCGCACGCGCACAACAAUAACCCUCACUCGGCGAGCGAGAGCAGCGGCGAGCCGGCGGUGAACGGGCCCUCCAACCCGCUCCUCUCGCACGCGCACAACAAUGGGCGAGUGAGCGAGACGUGCAUGCUGGGCGCGCGGCCCGAGCUGCCGGCCGGCACCGCCUCGCUCAAGAGCAUGGCGCAGGAGGCCGUGCACCGCGCGGGGCUGGAGCACCACGCGCAGCCCCCCAGCGGGCGGCGGGCGGCGCUGUCGGCGGCGCACAUCCCGCCGCUGCUGGGCGUCGCGCCGCUCGGGCCCGCGCCGCUCACCAAGGAGCACCAGUUACAAUUCCAGAUGAUGGAGGCGGCGUACUACCACAUGCCGCACCCCUCCGACUCCGAGAGGACCAGGGUCUACCUGCCGAGGAAUAUAUGCCAGACGCCCAUAUAUUACAACCAGGUGCUACUCCCGCACUCGGACUCGGUGGAAUUCUUCCAAAGGCUGUCCACGGAGACUCUGUUCUUCGUGUUCUACUACAUGGAGGGCACGAAGGCACAGUACCUCGCCGCCAAAGCGCUUAAGAAGCAGAGUUGGAGGUUCCACACCAAGUACAUGAUGUGGUUCCAGAGGCACGAGGAGCCCAAGGUCAUCAACGAGGAGUUUGAGCAGGGCACAUACAUCUACUUCGACUACGAGAAAUGGGGCCAGCGCAAAAAAGAGGGCUUCACGUUCGAGUACAAGUACUUAGAGGACCGGGACUUGAACUGAGAUCAUUCCGUCGCACGACAGUAUUCCUCCACCGCCGGCCGCCCCGGGGCUGCGCACGCGCAACACACGAAUAUAAUGGUCAAAUGUGAUAUUUUUAUAGGUCCGCUCGUUUGAUGUAUGAUUUAUAUAUAGUCGAUUUUGAACGAAAUUAAAUUGUUUUCAAUGAUAAAGCGAUCCGAUGUUUAUGUAAAAAUUUGUAUUUUGAAUGUGUGAUACCGUUUUUUAAUUACGCGAAAGAAUCGAAUUGAUAUUUUUAAUAUUUGUGUGUCGUCUUGAACUACUGAACCGAUUUUUAGAAAUGCUCUCUGUAAAGAUAGCGACAUUUUAAAUUCGGAGAUACGUCUUUCUCCACUAGUGGGGUAGACAGUGCUGAACAAUUUAAUUUCGUCUAAAUCGUCACCGAAACGCUACGUGUUGUAAAAAUCGUUGAUCGUUUUUCUCGAAAUUGUGUUACGAUCGUUUUUAUAGAAUUGUCAAUAGAUUAAUCAUUUUUAAAGUACCUACGCAUCGAAUUUAUUUGAAUUUUUUUUUUCGGUAAAUCACAAAAUUCCUUACAGAAAGACGUGGUUUCGAGUAAAUGAUGUUUCGCGAUGAUGUUCGGGCCGCGUUUGGCUCGCGUUCAAAUAUGCAUUAUUCCAGGUUAUGUUCCAGCGGUAACGUUACUUUAUAACGGUUUGAACUCAAAAGUCUUGAGUUCAAAUCGUCUGAACUUCAGAAUAUGUGGCUAUAUACAAAAAAUUGCGAACACUAGUUUUUUUUUCCCCUAUAUCAUAUAUUAGAUCGAUAUGAUUGAUUGAUCAAGAAAUUUCAUUUCAACCAUUAUAAAAU